UUGUUAUAACAAUUCACACCAGACCAAAUCAUUCGCAAUUCCUUACGUGCAAAAAGAGUUGAUAGAUGGAAACAACUCAUACAAGGAUUUUGUGAAAACAUAAGUAGAGAGACUGCGAAGAGGUAGUCAAAGAGGAAAUUAAGUUCAAGGGAGAAGAACACUGCCGGUAAAAUCCACAUAAUCAUCUAUCUAAGAAGAUUUCAUAGCCAAAAUUGACAUCAAGAACACAAUCCGAGGAUGUCAAACGUCAAGAACAUGAUGUGCACAACCUUAACAAGGUCAAUGCCAGCAAUUGCAUUCUUCGGUAGAAUGGCAUUUGCCCUUGUCUUUAUCAUCUCGGCUAUCCAAGACUAUGCUGAUCAUUUUGGUGGCGGUGGCGGGCCGCUAGAGAAGGCGGUGGGACCAGCAGUAAAUGUGAUGACCAAAUAUGGCUCUAAGGUUCUCACGUUUUACACGGGAAUGCAAGUGGUCGCAUUCGAUGUAAGACUCUUAGAGUUUUCACUCAUAACCGCAAAGGGAACUGCAGCUUUGUGGUUCAUCUUUGGACAAUCUAUGCCUGCUUACUUCUUGCUCGCAACACAAAUGCUCUCAACUGUUAUUCCUUUCCCUACAAACUUGAACGACUUCACUCAGAACUUGACGUUAAUGGGUGCGUUGCUCUAUUACAUUGGAUUAAAACAUAGUAUCGACAACCUCGAGGAGGGAGAGAAGAGCAAGGAGAAGGAGAAAGAAGAUGACAAGCCCUCCACUUCCAAAUCCAAAGCAAACUAAAAUGUGAUUUCACAAAGUCAUUUGCUUUGUUUCGGUAGUGGUUAUUGCCUCUCUCUUUGGUUUCGUCAUUGGCUCUCCUUUUCGUCCCCCGAGCGCGUUGUUGAAUAUGGUAUUUUGCCUUCUUUUUUGGUUAAGCAGACGACUCUCUUUGAUAUCAGUUUUCGAUCGAAUGCUUUGUCUUUUGUUAUGUUUCCUGGUUCCUGUAUUGGAUUGUUCAGCUAUGAAACGUAGGGUUGAUAUGGUUAUAUCCAUCAACGA